AUGGCUAUUAAUAAUGAAACUUUCUUACAAAAUAUAGAAAAGAAUAUAGAAUAUGAUAAUAUUUAUACAAUAAAACCUAUACAUGAUGAAUUUUGGGAGACACAUUGUUCUGUAAUCACUCCUGAAGAAAGCAGAUUUAUUAUGGUUGGGAUUGUCGGAAGUUUGGUUGCAAUUAUAUCAGUUAUAUUCAAUACAUUUUUAUUCUCAAUUCUUAUCUCAAGUCGUAAUAAUCGUUAUUCUCAAUUACUAUAUCUUAUAUUUCUAGCCUUCAGUGAUAUCUUUUUAUCAGCAUCUUACAUAUUGAUGUUUCCUGUAAAUAUUUUUAUGGACUAUUUUGAGAAUGAGUUUAUGUCAACUGCUUGGUUUAGUUAUGUAAAAUACGUUUUUUCAACAUGUCAUAUAACAAUGACAGGGUCAGCGCUUUUAAUUACAUUAGCAACAUUUGAACGGUUUUUGACAGUCAAAAAAAUUAAGAAUAAUUUUACAAUGGCUCAUAGAAUAAUAUUAACGGUAAUUGUUUUUAUUUUUGCUUUACUAGCAAAAGGACCAUUAUUUUGGGAAUUGAUGGUUGAAAAUAAUUAUAAUUGUACUGGUGUUACAGCAUAUAUAGUUGGUUUUAAUGAUUUUGCUAGAGAAGAACCAUAUAAAACAUUUUAUACAUUUUGGUUUCGUUGUCUUAUAUCAACAUUUUUACCAUUUUUUUUAAGUUUUUAUUUUAAUAUACAGAUUGUUCUUCAAUUACGAAAACAACAGGUAGGAGCAAGGCUUUUUCGCUUCGGAAUAUCUGAGCAUCGUCAUAAUAUUCGAUCAGCAACAAGAAUGCUAGUUCUAGUUACUUGUACAUAUUUGGCAUCAAAUUUAUUAAAUGUUAUUGUCGCAACAUGGGAAGCAUUUGAUUCUGAAUUUUUAACAAGUGAAGAAAUAAGACCAUAUUAUACUAUAUCAUCAGAUCUUAUCUCAUUAUUAACAGUUUUAGCAUGUGCAUUAAGAUUACCAAUAUAUUAUGCUUGUAAUCAAAGAAUAAGACAAGAAGUAAAUCUUAAAUUAUCAAAAAUGUGUUUUUGUAAAAGUUAUUUUGAUAGAUUUCAAUUUGAAUAUGCUCCAACAAUAAGAUACUUAAAUAGUGGUAAUGGAUAUGUUAUAAGAAGAAGUAAAAGUAAAUUAAGAUCACAAAAUCAAGAUAAUCAAAAUUUAAAUAUUCAACAAUGUGAUGAAAAAUGUAUAGGUACUGGACUUGACAAAAUUGUUUUAUCAGUUGCUAUGACACAUACUAUCCCAUCAAAUUCUUUAGACAAAUAA